CUCCUAUCCUAUCCUAUUUUGAGUAGAUCAGCACUAAAAAGUUAGUAGAUGUUGCGAGCUUGAUCAGAGAAGAUCUAUCUUGAUCCUAUAGAUGUGCAGAGUGGGUACAUUCAUUCAUUCAUUCAGAAUGGAAGAUGGUGCUCGAGGAAGAUCUAGCAAUCCGGAAAGAUGGUUGACGAAGAUCCUUGACAUGAAGAAGAUCCUUGAUUUCAGUAUUUCCUUGACAUGAAGAAGAUCCUUGACAUGAUGAAGAAGAUCCUUGACAUGAAGAAGAUCCUUGACAUGAAGAAGAUCCUUGACAUGACGAGAUCAAGAAGUAGAAUGGCGGGCCGAGAUAGAGAAUUUAGUAGGAAUUGACAAUCAGAUUACUAAGACGAGGGCCCGUUUCGAGCAACACUUUGAUUGUGUUUCAUUACUACAACAUGGAGCAACCGUUCUUAUAUCAAACGCCAGCCAGGAAACAAUUUGGAAUCGCUUUCUCUUGGAUUGAAAAUCCGAUUGCUUUCUAUCUUAAAGAUAAACUUAUCAUCCCGAUCUCAAUUGUUGGUUGUUUUUUCGGCGACCAAAGUCCGUUUUUUUUUUCGGUUCCUCGUUGCUUUUGACCCGUAGGUAAAGAACAACAUACAACAAUGAAGAUGUUUGGUGCUGGCGUAUUUCUGCUUACCUCCGGAUUUUUUUCUGGGGUACUCGGAGCACAGCUCGGAGGAGGAGGAGGACCGCCUUCUUCCGCGUCGUCCUCUGGACUCGCAGGUGCCGCCUCUGGACUCGCAGGGACCACGCAGGCUGCCUUCAAGAACGGGUCCGCGAUCGCUGAAGUGAAGAAAGAGAUGUUAUCGGCAGCUAAGAAUUUUUGCGACCAAUAUAGGUUCCAACAAUCGGACUCUGCUCCGGCAGAAAGCCGAACAAUAACGUUGGAUAAUGAGUUGUUGAAAAGAGUGAUAAGCUAUUGCGAGUCUCUGCCAAACAAAGUCAAGGCUAAAGUGCUUGCUGACUUACCGGAUGACACUAAGAAGGAGAGAAAUAGACAGACACGCGAAGCGGAAGACGCUUUUUUCAAAGCGGCGUAUGCAUAUUUCUCCGGAUACAUCAACAAAGAUGCAGCCUCAAGGAAGUUCUUGAACAAGAUGAUUGCUUCUAUGACGUUGCUAGACGAGGGAGGUAUGAUUCCUCCUGAAUGGAGUCCCUCUGAAUCGUUGAACAAACAAGUAGCAGCGGAUCGUCAAGUUGUAGAACGUGUUGUCACACACACCGGCAAAAGCCCCGCUGGCGACGCACCCUCUGGUGGCGGCGCACCUCCCGCUGCCUGCCCGAAAGGACCACUCCUGUGUCAAAGUCCAUGCACUAAGGGCAUCUCUGCUGGACUUACGCUUCCU